AUUCCGGUUCGAGUUCAGCCCGUUGAGGCCGUAGCUAAGCAAACAGAGAAGGCGGAGCCAAAGGUCCCAAACAACCCCCGUCUUGCUGUCUCUGCCCCCCUGCGCAUCAGCAGUUCAGCACCCCACUCGCCGCCGCCGGAGACAUGAACCAGCCGGUGCAGAAGAACACCCUCUAUGUCGGUGGCCUGGCGGAGGAGGUGGACGAGAAGAUCCUGCACGCGGCGUUCGUGCCCUUCGGCGAGGUCAAGGACGUCAAGACGCCGCUCGACCAGUCCACGCAGAAGCACCGCUCCUUCGGGUUCGUCACCUUCCUCGAGCGCGAGGACGCCGCCGCCGCCAUGGACAACAUGGACGGCGCCGAGCUCUUCGGACGUGUCCUCACCGUCAACUACGCCUUCCCCGAGCGCAUCAAGGGAGGGGAGCAGGGAUGGGCCGCGCAGCCGAUUUGGGCUGAUGCGGACACUUGGUUCGAGAGGCAGCAGCAGGAAGAGGAGAUGCAGCGUCUGCAGGCAGAGCAGCGCGCGGCAAUGCAAGUAGCAGAGAAGCUGCACAGAGAGAAACUUGCUGCCGAAAGAGAAGGUGAGAAAGAAGAGGAGGCGGAUCCCAUGGCUGCAGCAGAAGCUCAGGCCUUGAAGCAGAGUUCUUAAGAACUGGAUAUAGACUUAAGAACAUCUGCCGCUUUCCUGUCCAUUUGUCAAAUACACAUGCUUUUCUCGGCCGUGGUUAAGGUGUGACUAACAUGCUAGACUUGGGAGUGCUGUUUGUUUAGUUGAAAGAAUCCUAUUUGUCUUAACGUGGGAUGCUUUGUGUUUUGUUUGGCCUUCUGAUAGACUAAAAUGUACUGCACGCUCGCACAUUGACACAGCAUGUAGUGAGUGAUAUGCAGGUUAAAUUUGUAUGUUGAA